AAUACACACAUACACAGGAACAUACAACAGAUAGAAAAGGCUGGAGGGGAUACAGCAAAAUGUUAAUGAUAAUAUUUGGGUGGUGGGAGUAUAAGUAAUUUUAAUUUUUCUACUUCUUUACCACUUCCAAAUUUUCUGUCAUGCACAUGUAUUAGUUUUAUGACCUGUUUUUAAAGUUUGCCUGAAAGAACUAACAUAGAAACAGGAAAAUAAGCAUUAUGUACUUCAGUUGUCACAAUAUCUUUAUUGUCUUAAUUUUCUCCUUUUGAUGAACUCCUAAGUAAUAGGGAUGGCUGCAUUGAUGACCAAGUGAAAGCUACGAAGGAAUUUUCACAGCAGUGACUGAUCACAAAGCUCCGCGUGGCCAGCACACACUAUGGCCUUGGGCAGCGUGAGUUUAACCGUAACAGUUGUAAACAGAAUUGGCCACUCGGCCCUUCAGGAAGGCCUCUGAGACCACCCGAGUCACCGUGUGUGCUUGUACUGGGACUUCGCUCAAACCGUAGUUAUGACUCAGUUGUUUUUUGCAGAAUGAAAGUGAAAGGUGGAGGAAUCGCCUGCGCGCUGGUCCCCGUCGCUGUGAUCUGCCUGGUGGCCACCCCCGGGGACAGCACCUGUCCUCGCCGCUGUGCCUGCUAUGUGCCCACGGAGGUGCACUGCACCUUUCGGUACCUGACCUCCAUCCCAGACAGCAUCCCGCCCGAGGUGGAACGUGUCAAUUUGGGGUACAAUAGCUUGGUCCGACUGACAGAAGCGGAUUUUGCUGGCCUGAGUAAACUGGAGUUACUGAUGUUGCACAGCAAUGGCAUUCACACAAUCCCGGCCAAGACCUUCUCAGAUUUGCAGGCCUUGCAGGUCUUAAAAAUGAGCUAUAACAAAGUCCGAAAGCUUCAGAAGGAUUCUUUUUAUGGCCUCAGGAGCUUAACACGGUUGCAUAUGGACCACAACAAUAUUGAGUUUAUAAACCCGGAGGCUUUUUACGGACUCACCUUUCUCCGACUGGUGCACUUGGAAGGAAAUCGGCUCACUAAGCUCCAUCCAGACACAUUUGUCUCUCUGCGCUACCUCCAGAUAUUUAAAACAUCUUUCAUUAAGUACCUGUACUUGUCUGAUAACUUCCUGAGCUCCCUCCCGCAAGAGAUGGUGUCCUACAUGCCUGACCUGGAAAGCCUUUAUCUUCACGGGAACCCCUGGACCUGUGACUGUCACUUAAAAUGGUUGUCCGACUGGAUGCAGGAGAAGCCAGAUAUAAUCAAAUGCAAAAAAGACAGAAGUCCCUCCAAUUCUCAGCAAUGUCCACUCUGCAUGAACCCCAGGACCUCCAAAGGCAAGCCCCUGGCUACAGUCCCGGCUGCAGCUUUCCUGUGUGUCAAGCCAACCAUCGAUCCAUCUCUGAAACUGAAGAGCCUGACUUUUCUGGAAGACAGUAGUUCUGUGUCCAUCUCUCCCCAAAAUUUCAUGGCUCCCUUUGGGUCCCUCAUUUUGAAUAUGACAGACCAGUCUGGAAAUGAAGCUAACGUGGUCUGCAGUGUCCAGAAGCCCUCAAGGACAUCAUCCAUUGCAUUCACCGAAGACAAUGACUACAUCAGGCUAAAUACAUCAUUUUCUACAUUUCUGAUGUGUAACAUAGAUUACAGCCACAUCCAGCCAGUGUGGCAAAUUCUGGCUUUGUACAGUGACUCCCCUCUGAUAUUAGAAAGGAGCCACUUGCUCACUGAAACACCACAACUCUGCUACCAAUAUAAACAGGUGGCUCCUAAGCCUGAAGACAUCUUUACCAACAUAGAGGCUGCUCUCAGAGCAGAUCCUCCUUGGUUAAUGCAAGACCAAAUUUCCUUGCAGCUAAACAGAACGGCCACCACACUCAGUACGUUACAGGUCCAGUACUCCAGUGAUGCUCACGUCACUGUAUCACGGUCAGAGGUGGGGCCGGUGGGACACAAAUGGACCCUGAUUCCCAGGGAUAACAAUACUAAGCUGGAACGUACUGUUUUGGUUGGUGGGACCAUUGACCUAGACUGCCCAGGCCAAGGAGACCCUGCCCCACAUUUGGAGUGGCUUCUAGCUGAUGGGAGUAAAGUGAGAGCCCCUUAUGUCAGCGAGGAUGGACGAAUCCUAAUAGACAAGAGUGGAAAACUGGAGCUCCAGAUGGCUGAUAGCUCUGACACAGGCAUUUACGGCUGCAUAAGCACCAAUGACGCCGAUGCAGAUGUUCUCGCCUAUAGGGUUACCGUGGUAGAGCCCCACGUGGAGCCCCGUCAGGAAAACGGGGCUCAUCACACCGUCUUCCUUGGUGAAGCGCUGGACCUUCCGUGCCGCUCCACUGGGGUCCCAGAUGCCUCCGUCAGCUGGGUUCUCCCAGGAAACACUGUGCUCUCCCAGUCCUCAGGCGAGAAGCAGAUUCUCAACGGCACGCUACGAAUAUUGCGGGUCACCCAGCGAGACCAGGGCCAUUAUCGUUGUGUGGCAGCCAACCCGUCAGGGGUGGACGUUUUGAUUAACCAAGUUUCAGUCCAGACGAAAGGGCCAAGCUCAGUGGAGCACCACGUGGAAUCGGACGGAUCUGGACUUGCUGAGCACGAUCCCACCGUGCACCCGAAGGACCCACCAGCUGUGCCGCCCCUGACAUCCGCUCCCACGGGGGCUGAGGCUGGGGAACAGGCCUUGAGCACAGGAAAGACGCCCAGCCAUCGGGAGUUAAGGCACCGGCGGCGUGGGAAUGCAGCCAGCCGACCUCUCCGGGGGCACAGGAGGCAGCUCCCGCCCUCUGCGCGGAGAAUCGACCCGCGGCGCUGGGCGGCACUUCUGGAGAAAGCUAAGAAGAAAGCUGUGCCCCAGAAGCAGGAAACUUCCGCAGCGGGGCCACCUGCACCGGCCACCCAGCCCCUGAGUGUGCCCGGCGAGGAAGCAGACGCUUCGGGCCUGCUCCCUCCGGAGGAGGAGUUCAUGGUCCUGGCGACUAAAGUCCCCAGUGUUCGGGCCAGGACGGGGCCUGCCGGGUCCCAGAGGGCACCCGAUGGUCCUGAGACGGCUGUAAGUGCUGGUGCUGAAGUCUCCCCGAUGGUCAGUCCACACGCGCUACCACCUGAAAAACCGACAGAUUUCAAACUACCUACUGUUAAAACUGCAGCCAUGUCGAGGAGCAUAAACCCAACCGCAUCAAGCAAAAUGCAAGACACGACCACCCGAAGCGUCCCCACCGCCUUUCCCCUCCCCGAGGCGGCUCCACCGCAGGACGCCAGUGACUCGGGGAGAGGAGAGCGUCUGCAGAGCGCGCCCCCAACAGCGGUGGGCGCGGCCAUCGAAGGCAUCGGGGCCACGGGGCCUGGGAGUGCGAACAGCAAAGCUGGUACACUCUUAGGAUCAGAAAGUGCCCCCCGUGGCCAGCAGACGCCUGAAACAGGAGGCAGCGAAUCCAGAAGCGGCCGCUUCUACUCUCAGAGGACUCAGAGGCUCAGCGCCCUGAGGCUCCCUCCGGGCCCGUACAGUGCCGCCCCCGCUCGGUUACAGGCUCCCAGAAACGGCACGACCCGCACCCCACUGUCCAGCCGCUUUGGCAGACGGGGGAGACCCGCGCUGACCACACUUACCCCGCCGAAUUCCCCAUCGGCUCCUCUCUGGUCGGAAAACCACUUUUGGCCGAAGUCCUUCCCGGAAACUGCCCCGAGGGGCAGAAGGCCAGGGGCGAGCACCCCGCCUCCCCCAGGCCCGGCAGAGGACCCCACUCGGGCUUCAAACCGGGACGCACAGGGCGCUGCAGAGCAGGGUGGCCUUGAUGGGACGCCGGCGCAGAAAGUGACAGCUUCUGAACUUCCCCUCGAGCCUUUGCCUGGGGAUGUAUUUGAAAGGCCCCGGGUCGCGGGAGGGAGCGCGGCCAGCUUCACGGUCCCGGCGGGCGCGGACGCCCUCCUCGCGUGCGCCGCUGUUGGGAACCCCCUGCCCACCGUCCGCUGGACCAGGGGCUCGUCAGGACUUGAUCUGUCUGCAAGGACACAGAACAGCCGGUUCCAGGUGCUCCCCAAUGGCACCCUGUCCAUUCGGAGGGUGGACAUUCAGGACCGCGGACAGUACCUGUGCUCGGCGUCCAAUCCAUUGGGCAAAGCCCACCUUCAUGUCACCUUGUCCGUGAUUUCCUAUCCCCCCAGGAUCCUGGAGCGACAUACCAAGGAGAUCACAGCCCACUCGGGAAGCACCGUGGAGCUGCCGUGCAGAGCUGAAGGGAGGCCAGCGCCUACCAUUUCCUGGGCUCUCGCAAACCUAACAGUGGUCUCAGAGUCAUCCGAAGGGAAUGGGCGGGCCCUGGUGACAUCCGACGGGACGCUGGUCCUCCACAGUGUCAGCGUUUACGACCGGGGCUUUUACAAAUGCAUGGCCAGCAACUCCGCCGGGCAGGAUUCACUGCUGGUUAAAGUGCAGGUCAUCGCUGCCCCGCCGGUGAUUCUAGAGCAGAAGAGGCAGGUUGUUGCAGGGACGUGGGGUGCAAGUUUGAAACUGCCCUGCACGGCAACAGGAACUCCUCGGCCCAGCGUUCGCUGGGUUCUCUCUGACGGCACCGAAGUGAAACCAUUACAGUCUGUCGCUCCCAACCUGUUCUUAUUUCCCAAUGGGACGCUGUACAUAAGAAACGUAGCCUCUUCAGACAGGGGCACUUACGAAUGCAUUGCCACCAGCUCCACUGGCUCCGACAGAAGGGUGGUAAUUCUUACAAUGGCGGAGCGAGAGACCAUCCCCAGGAUAGAGUUUGCCUCCCAGACAUGGAAUGAGGUGAAUUUUGGGGACAAAUUACUGCUGAACUGCUCAGCCGUUGGUGAACCCAAACCCAAAAUAAUCUGGAGGCUACCAUCCAAGGCUGUCGUGGACCAGUGGCACAGGAUGGGCAGCCGAAUCCACGUCUACCCAAACGGGUCCCUGUUUAUUGGAUCAAUAACGGAAAAAGACGGUGGCGACUACGUGUGUGUGGCAAGAAACAAAAUAGGGGAUGACCUGAUACUGAUGCACGUUAGCCUAAAACUGAAACCUGCCAAAAUUGAUCACAGGCAGCAUCUUAAAACGCAAGUGUUCCACGGGAAAGAUUUCCAAGUGGACUGCAAGGCUUCUGGCUCCCCAGUGCCGCAGAUAUCCUGGAGCCUGCCCGACGGGACGACCGUACACGCCACGCAGGCUGGCGGCCGGCGCUCCAGGCGGUACACUCUCUUUGACAACGGCACCUUGUACUUCAACAAGGUGGGGAUCGCAGAGGAGGGGGAUUACACGUGCUAUGCCCAGAACCCUCUAGGGAGGGAUGAAAUGAAAGUCCACCUCACGGUCAUAACCGCCGCCCCCCGGAUCAGGCAGGGUUUCAAGGCCACCACGAGGGUGCGGGCUGGGGACACAGCUGUCCUCGACUGUGAGGUGGUUGGGGAGCCCAAACCUAAAGUAUUUUGGCUGCUGCCUUCCAGUGACUUGAUUUCAUCCUCAAAAGAUAGGUACACAUUUCAUGCCAACGGGUCUUUGUCCGUCAACGACGUCAAACUGCUCGAUUCUGGAGAGUACGUGUGUGUGGCCCGGAAUCCCAGUGGGGAUGACACCAAAAUGUACAAGCUGGACGUCGUCCCCAGGCCCCCGGUAAUCAAUGGUCUGUAUACAAACAAAACUGUCAUCCAAGCCACCGCCGUGAGGCACUCCAAGAAGCACUUCAAUUGCAGAGCUGAAGGGACGCCACCCCCCCACGUCACGUGGAUCAUGCCGGACAACAUCCUCCUCCCGGCGCCCUACCACGGGAGCAGGGUCACGGUCCACAGGAACGGGACCCUGGAGAUCAGGAACGUGCGGCGCUCCGACUCCGCCGAGUUCACCUGCGUGGCGCGCAACGCGGGCGGGGAGAGUGUGCUGGUGGUGCGGCUGGAGGUCCUGGAAAUGCUGAGAAGACCGACAUUCAGAAACCCCUUUAAUGAAAAAAUAGUUGCCCAGCUUGGAAAGUCCACAGCUUUAAACUGCUCUGUCGAUGGAAACCCACCACCUGAAAUAGUCUGGAUGUUACCAAAUGGCACCCGGUUUCCGAAGGGACCACAAAAUCCUCAGUAUCUGAUAGCGAGCAAUGGUUCUUUUAUGAUUUACAAAGCAACUCGGGAAGAUGCAGGAAAAUACCGGUGUGGGGCCAGGAACAAAGUCGGCUAUAUCGAGAAAUUAAUUGUAUUAGAAAUUGGCCAGAAGCCAGUUAUUCUUACUAAUGCAUUGGGGACAGUUUACGGCAUCAGUGGGGACUCCCUCGCCUUGCACUGUGUGUCCGAUGGGAGCCCGAAGCCAAACAUCAAGUGGACGGUACCAAGUGGUCAUACACUAGACAGGCCUCAGAUCAGUGGAAAAUACAUACUGCAUGAAAAUGGCACCUUAGUCAUCAAAGAAGCGACAGCGUACGACAGAGGAAACUAUAUCUGUAAGGCUCAAAACAGCAUUGGCCAUGCUCUGGUUACUGUCCCAGUAGUGGUUGUAGCCUACCCUCCCCGAAUCACAACGCGCCCCCCCAGGAACAUCCUCGCAAGGACAGGGGCAGCUGUUCGGCUCCACUGUGUGGCCCUGGGAGUCCCCACGCCAGAAGUCACAUGGGAGAUGCCUGACCACUCCCUGCUGUCAGUGGCAGAUAAAGCGAGGCCGUGUGGGACUGGGCUUUUCCACCCCCAAGGCACCCUAGUCAUUCAGAACCCUCAGACCUCAGACUCGGGGAUGUACAGGUGCACGGCAAAAAACGCCCUCGGGAGUGAUUUCGCAACAACUUAUAUGCAAGUGAUCUGACAUAAAAUAAAAAUUUUUGAACAAACUCAGCAUCUGGACGGUUUAUUUUUUGGAAGAAGUUUAAUCAAAGGCAGCCAUAGGCAUGUAAAUGAAUUUGAAUACAUUUACAAUAUUAAAUUUAUCAUGGACAUGCAAAAAAAAACCCAACUUGUAAAUGCAUUAUGAACUGAUACUGAUUUCUUUAAUGGAUCUCAAAACAAACUUUUAACUUAAGGCACUUUUAUUUUGCCAACAAAUAACAAUGAACAUUGAGAGAAAACUGUCCACUAUGAAACAACAAAUGGCUAAUGUACCUGAAUUCUUCAUUAAAUUGACUUUGUUUUCCAUUACCCAUUGCCUUGUGUCCACCUUCUGUCAAUGUUAGGGGCAAGGCACUGGCAACAGACGAUGGAAAAGAUUAAAAUUGCAAUCGUGAUGUAAAUAUGCUGUUUUGAUGUACAAAUAUUUUGUGGUUGUUUAUAAAUAUUUUACUAAAGCCUCCAGAAAACAAGCACUGAGCUGUUUUCAUUAGGAUUUGCCGUUUUGUGCACACGGAAGACUUUCCCUGCGGGGAAUGCCAAGACGUUCCAAUGACUGCAUGUAAAGAAACGCAGGUUAACCUGUCCACGUGCGAAAGCAACUUAACACCUGCACGUCGUAAAACGUGAAAAGGCGUUGAUUACGUCUUUGUCCAAAUAAAUCCAUUAAAAAGGUUUUAAAGA